CCACCACAUUCGCUUUCACGUAUGUUCUCCGCGAUGAUACCAGCAUUCGCUCAUUUUGUUUCAGUCAUUUUAUUGAUCCUGUCUUUGGGGCAUGGAGCGUGGAGUCAUGUCCUUUCCACUCAUCAUAUCCGUUCCAUGGAGGAAGCUUUACAUUCCCACAACAAACGAGCUUUGGACGGCUAUUACGUUAUCGACCAACAGAAGGGAAGCGAAUGGGGCUGCAGCGAGGAAAAGAUCGCUGCGUUGGAGCAUGUUAUACGAAAUGCUCGGGAAAUGGCCUCUGCGGCUUCAAAAGUACUCGAGCGGCCAGGUUCUGAGCAUUCCGAAGCUUACCGGAUGUGGCUCGGAGAGGGUAACUCUGAUCCCGACACAAGAACUGCAAUAAAGCGGCGGAACUUUGAUCCUAUUCAGAAUCUGGAACCACCAGGGCAACAAAACCGUCUCGAUGAUAUGAAAUACAAAAACUUCAGUCCAACGGGCCUGACGUAUAUGUGCGCUGCCGAAGAAAAUGAAGCCUGCAAUGAUGGUACCAUUGCUUCCGCUCUCCAGCAUGGGGUCAAUGGUAUCUGGGGCAAUGUCUUUCUCUUGUGCGAUAGGUUUUUCGAGCGUACAUCCUACAAAAGGAUGUUGCGAAUAUGGCGGUCUGAGAGAAUACCCAUGCUCGCUUCAGCAUUUACUAUAAUUCACGAGUCGCAGCACAUGGGUGCUAUCGUGGGCAAAUCAAGACGAUGCACCGACGUCAAAAAUCCAAAGCCACGCCCAGAAGAUACUAGUCCUCUCUGCUACCACCCUGACUGCUGUGCCACCCUCUCGAGUAAGGAUAAAAUCAGAAACGCACAAAACAUGGCGUUCUUUGCAUUGGAGGUUACCGCAAACCCCGAACGAGGUGAACCGCCCGAAUUAUCAUCAUGCACAAUCAUGAAAAGAGACACGGGCAACCUAUUCUCGGGAAGGCUGGACGCCCUUUUGUCGAGGGCUGACUACUUUGCGAAACCCAAGCAUGAGGGCAAUAUGCUGCGUAGGCAGGCAGGGUCUUUCACCACAUCCGAGAUACCCUGCGCGUCUAGACCGCCGCUUGCCAUUCCCGUCGGGGGCGAUGCGCUGCCUGAUCGAGAAACCCUACCCCGGGCAGUCUUCGACAGGAUGUUCCCCAGGGAACAAGGUCGGACAUCGACGGCCGCUGCAAGCGCCCCUGUCGCUUGUCAUAACUUCGAUUUGGAAAAGUACGGGUACUGCUGCCCCGGUCCGGGCAAUUCAUGCAGGGACGACCCAAAGAAAUGCUGGGUGGGAGGGGAGGGUGUCGGUGAGGGAGCUGCUGAUGUUGUACCGGCCGGUGCGCGAUGCCAGCCUCCGCCGGGUGCUGUGUUCUGA